GCUGUUGAUCGGAAAGGAAAAGUAAAAAAGAGAGAUCUGAGAAAUGGGAAAUGAGACGAAGACCAACGGUGGUCCUGCAAGUAUGGCCGGAGGCGGAGGAUUCAGAGCUAAAAUGGAACAUUACGUUUACAGUGGUGAAAAGAAGCACGUCUUGGUCGGGAUCGGAAUCGUCACCAUCAUCUUCGGAGUUCCUUGGUAUUUGAUGACUCAAGGGUCAAAGCAUCAAUCUCACCAAGAUUACAUGGACAAGGCCGAUAAAGCUCGAAAAGCACGCCUCUCAUCGUCUUCAUCAGCUAACAAGUAGUCUGUCUGAAGGAUUGAGUCAUUUGCACACUGUUAUCUCGUACUCAUUUUCCCACACAAGUUAAAACUUAGUCAAAAUCUGAGUCUUUUUUGUGAUUUAGAUUCAAAAUCAUUCUCAUUUUCAUGCACCAUGUUUGGUUAUCCGUUUUUUAAUAAAAAGAUCAAAGAUUCUAUCACAUUUGGAUUGACAAUGCCUAUGAUAAAAAUUCCC